CGGGGCCGCGACGACUCGGGGUGGCGGGCGCAGAUGGCGGCGGCGCAGGGCGUCUGAGCGGGCGGGGGCCAUGAGCGCCGCCCGGUCCCAGUUCAGCAUCGAUGACGCCUUCGAGCUGUCCCUGGAGGAUACGGGUCCUGGGCCUGAGUCCAGCGGGGUCGCCCGCUUCGGGCCGCUGCACUUCGAGCGCCGGGCCCGGUUCGAGGCAGCCGACGAAGACAAGCAGUCCCGGCUGCGCUAUCAGAACCUGCAGAAUGAUGAAGAUGUAGCCCAGCCUUCUCCGGAACCAGAUGGGGGAAUCAACACCAGGGAUUCUAGCCGAACAUCCAUCCGCAGCUCCCAGUGGUCUUUUAGUACCAUCAGCAACACCACCCAGCGCUCCUACAAUGCCUGCUGCAGCUGGACCCAACACCCUCUAAUCCAGAAGAACUGCCGGGUGGUGCUAGCCUCCUUCCUGCUUCUGCUGCUGGGGAUGGUGCUGAUCCUGGUCGGCGUGGGACUGGAGGUGGCCCCCUCUCCAGCAGGUGUCUCCAGCGCCAUCUUCUUCGUGCCGGGCUUCCUGUUGCUGAUCCCCGGAGUCUACCACGUGGUCUUCAUCUACUGCGCUGUCAAAGGCCACCGGGGCUUCCAGUUCUUCUACCUGCCCUACUUCGAGAAGUGAGCCAGGCAGUCGGACACUUGCGAUUCAAGCCCUAGGACACUGCUUCGCCUCCACCGGGCGCUCCUCGGACCCAAGACCCGUUCCGCUCACCGCAUCUCAAGAGAGAAGGUCCUCCAGGAGUGUGGAAACACCCAGCCCCCUUAGGAGUUUGCUCAGGAAGUUUGGGGCACGCAGACCCCGGCUGGGAACACCACCCCUCACCUGCUCUGUGCCUUAAGUUAUUCUCAGGCCUUGGGGCAACUGGGUUGAUGUUAUUUUGUGCUAAUAAAAGGAUAGUACAUUCCAGCAGG